CACCCCUCAUAACUUCCAUCGAAAGCCAGAGGGGUUACAGCUAUUUCACAGAAGGCAUUCCACGAAUCAAAUCGGGCAGCGAACAUCAAACCCAGCAAUGAAAUGCCACGAUCUGGAGAACACUGGUGUCCGUGCCGAUCUCCGCACCACAUCUCGGGCCAAACGUUGCCGAAGGGAUCGGCUCUGCAGUUCCUGCUAGACAGAUUCCUUUCUUCCACUACAUCUUCAACUCACUUUCGACUAUCCUUGCUACCACUUCAUCACAUAUUGGCUGUGAAUUUCGGCAGAUCCUGGUCACGAGCAUUAACUCCUUGUCCCGGUCAAGUUCCGAUAUACUGUUACCCAAACCUUCCUGGGGCAGGACUCGAUACCCCUCAACAGAAAACUAAUCUAAUUCAAUUUAGCAAGAAAGCUGUGGCGCCGAGUGGAGUCGGACUCGUCCAAACUGCCAGUACAGGGCCUCCAAUAGGCACUGGUGAUUGGAGAUUAUUAUUAUCGAACAGGGCCAACCGGCUACGUCGGACAGAGUGGGACGUUGCCCAUCCAGUUGUGCUUGGUCAGUUGGUUGAUGAAUCCCAGCUAAAAGGCUUAAUCGCAGAGUCUUGAAUCAUGCCAGAGCUAUCCCAUUCGUUACGCUUAUCCCAUCGGAAUUCCGUGUCCUCUAUACAGGGGUUGAACGAUAAAGAGCAGAUACCAGCCAUUGAGGGGAUCCAAGCGAAAGUAAUGGCCGGCAGAGCUUCUUGUUCCAUCCAUUCUUUGCUGUGGGACAUUCGCGCCUGACCCAACAAGGAAAAUAUCACCGGGAUUUUCUCAUCAUCCCAACAACAUCCACUACCUCGUUGGAUGAAUCAAUUAACACUUGCUCUGGCCAUUAAAAUUCUGGCCUAGAAG